CGUCCACCAAUUAUUGGCGACUUGUACCGGUUUUUCCAUCUUGAAGGACUUGUUGUCGAGGAGUAGCUCCUGUGCAUUCUGACCUGAUAUACGGGAAAUCCUUUGCCUUGUGGAGGAUACGGGCCGUGCUCGACACCAUUCGCCACGAUAGAGCAUCUCAAAGAUGAAGCCCGACGCCAUAGAAACGAGGCUCUUCAUAAACAACGAAUUCGUCCCAGGCAAGCAAGGCAAGACGUUCAAAAUCUCCAAUCCCUACAACGACGAAGAGAUAUGCAGCGUCCACGAGGCCACCAAGGAGGACGUCGACCUCGCAGUCGAGGCCGCCGAGGCUGCGUUUCCGCACUGGAGCAACAUCGCCGCCCAUGAACGAGCGGCGUACAUGUUCAAGUUUGCCCAGCUCGUGCAGAGAGAUGCCCAGCAGCUCGCCGAGUUGGACUCGAUGUGUAUGGGCAAGCCGGUUGAGCUGCUCAAGAAAAUGGACAUCCCGGCGUGCGUGGGCGUGUUCAAUUACUUCGCCGGCAGCGGAUACCACAUCCUGGGAGAAUCGAGUCUCAGCUCCCCCAACUUCCUCAAUGUCAGUGUACGGCAGCCUUACGGCGUGGUCGGCUUGAUCAUCCCCUGGAAUGUCCCGAUGAUCAUGUUCGCCUUCAAGGUCGCCCCGGCUCUGAUCUGCGGCAACACGGUCGUGCUCAAGUCGUCGGAAAAGGCGCCGCUCAGCUCGCUGAAGCUGGCCUCGCUGGUCCAGGAAGCCGGGUUCCCGCCCGGGGUGGUCAACGUGGUCAGCGGCUUCGGCGACCCGACGGGCUCGGCCCUCGGCCUGCACAUGAAGAUCCGCAAGAUCUCGUUCACGGGGUCGGUGGCCACGGGCCGCAAGAUCCUCAGGAUGGCGGCCGACUCGAACCUGAAGAACGUGUCGCUGGAGCUCGGCGGCAAGUCGCCCGCCAUCAUCUUCGACGACGCCGACCUCGCGGCCGCGGCGCGCUACACGCACUACAGCAUCAACCACAACAGCGGCCAGCACUGCCAGGCCAACAGCCGCGUGCUGGUGCAGGAGUCCGUCGCCGACGCGUACAUCGACAUGGUCAAGCAGCUGAUGGCCAAGGUCACCCUGGGCGACCCGGCCGACCCGGGCACCUUCCAGGGCCCCCAGGUCGACCAGAAGCAGCUGGCCCACAUCCAGCGGCUGGUCGACCAAGGGGCCCGAGACGGCACCCUGGUGUGCGGCGGCAAGCGACACGGCACGACAGGCGCCUUCAUCGAGCCGACCAUCCUGAAAAACGUCCCGCUCGACUCGGCCGCCUACACGGAGGAGAUCUUCGGGCCGGUCGUGAUCGUGAACACGUUCAAGGACGAGAAGGAGGUCCUCGCCGAGGCCAACUGCACCGACUUUGGGCUGUUUUCAUCGGUGUACACGCAGAACUUCGACCGGGCGGUGCGGGUGGCCAAGGCGCUCGAGGCCGGCGCGGUGGGCAUCAACUGCUCGGUGCCCGUGCGCGCGGUCGACAUGCCCAUCGGCGGCUGGAAGCAGUCCGGCAUGGGCAAGGAGCUGUCGCUGCACGGGCUCAACACCUACACCGAGCUCAAGACCAUCUUCAUGAAGUACAACGCCGACCCCACCUCCAUGGCCGUCGGGACGUGGCAUUCGGGCCAGCAGGUGAAUGGGGUUUCCUAGCGUCUCUCUUCGCCGAGGCAGACUUGCUCGGUGGAGGAGGAGGAGAUGGGAAGGAUGUCGCUUGGUCGAGACUCUAGACUUCUAGCCCUUUUUGUCUUGUUCUCCUCCUGUAGGCUUCUGGGCGCAGAGAGAUGGAGGGGAAGGAGAUAUCAAGAGAUAGAGUCCUGGUCAGACAUUGAGCUGACAGUCCAAU